AUGUUGACCGUCCGCUCCCCAGUCGCCGCCCUAGCGGUGGUGCUCAGCUUCCUGAGCCUGACCGAUGCCGCGCCGCAGAACCGAGGAAAAGGAAAUGGACGAGGAAACAGGCAGACGGCACAGCAGCAGGCCGCGAGGGUGCCGCAGGGUAUCUCGCGUGCUACCGAUGGAUCCAUGAUCCUCGACAUGACCGCCAACGUCAAUGGCCUCGACCUUCGCUUCAAGAUCUCCGGUCCCGCCGAACAGUUCACCGCAGCAAGUGGCGUGCCCGGCGCUGCCGCCCAGCCCGGCGCUCAGGGCACCCUCGGCCUGAACGUACUCCUCCACGGUGACGGUGGCCAAUCCUUCUUCGACAUGCCGAACCAGGGCGUCCAGCAGAACCUCGCCGGCGUCGCCGUCCUCGCGCCCGACCCGAACCUCUUCUGGGGCGGCGGCCAGGGCCUCCAGCGCACCGACGGCGUCGCCCACUCCCAGGCCGUCAACGACCUCAUCCAGCAGACGCUGCCGCAGAUGAUGGCCUUCAACCAGUCCAACGUCUUCUUCACGGGUGUCUCGGGCGGCUCGCUCAUGCUCUCCGGCUUCUUCAUGCCCGCGCACAUGCAGAACUUCGCGGGCAACGGUGUGCUGCUCAACUGCGGCGGCCUCGAGCCCCAGGUCAACGUCCAGGACCCCGCCGCGAUCGCCAACACGCGCAUCCACUUCCAGAGCACCAAGCAGGAGCUCUCCAACCUGCAGCAGUCCAUCCCCGCGGCCAUCAAGGCGUACGAGCAGAUCGGCACCAGCGGCGGGCUGAACGCGCAGGCGUUGAACGCGAAGCAGACGGUGAACAACUCGCCUAACGGCGGCCACUGCGCCUUUGACGAGCAGGGUUUCGUGUCGGGAAUUCAGCUCAUUGCGGACAACUACGCGACCAUCAUGCAGGGCGGCACCGGCGACGUCAACGGCAUUGGAAACGUUCUGACUGGUGUUGCUGGUAAUGAGAACUUGCAGUUCACCGGGUCGAGCAGGAGACGUGACGAGAUCAUUGGUUGA